CAGCUUGGGAAAUAUGCCCACGAGGAAGAAAUGCCUGUCUGGCUUGUCAAGCUACUGGAAACGAAAGGCGACCUUCGCGCUGCUGGUGUCAUACCGGCCUUGCAACACCUGCUUGAGUUGAGUUCACGGACUGAGUAUGCGUAUCUAUGCCAUCCAGAUGUCCAACAUGUGGCAAAGCUAAACAGAGAAGGUGCUUUCUGCGGCUAUCGCAACAUACAAGUUCUCUCCUCGCACAUCAUUGGCACCCAUGCGACAGGAUGGGAGCAGUUGGGAGACGAUAUCCCCGACAUCUUCCAAAUACAGGACAUGAUUGAGACAGCCUGGGAUCGCGGAUACAACGCUCGUGGCCGCAUUGAGACAGGAGGUAUCAGAAGGACGCGAAAAUACAUUGGAACACCAGAGGCCCAAGCGUUCUUCGCCAGCAUGGGGUUUCCGUGCUCGGUACAGUCUUUCAAGGCGUCUGGUGAAGACGACAAUGCUUCAAGCCGCCUGCUGGACGCAAUCGAGCGUUAUUUUCAACAAGGUGCAGUAGGAAGUAUGGACAGCAAGGUGCAGUCUACUCUGCUUCCGCCGAUAUAUCUGCAGCGACCUAAACAUUCCCUUACCAUUGUCGGGCUGGAGAAGCACAAAGGCGGCGAUGUCCAGCUCUUGGUAUUCGACCCCGAGUUCCAGGGCUCCAAUACAGUCGUCCGUCUUGCGGCCAAGGCUACUCUGCGGAGGCAGUCAAAGGUUACCAAGCUUUUGGAACCCUAUCGACGCAGCGCUACCCACUUGGAGCGCUUUAAUGAGUUUGAAGUUCUCUAG